AUGUCAAAUGUUGAUAAUAAAGAGAAAGAAAAGGAACCAGAGAUACUACAACAAAUAACAAACUUUUUUGACUCUCUUUCAUUAUCACUGUCAUCUUUGGGAUCGACACCAACUCCUCCACCAGUAGUAUCGACAACCACAACAUCAUCAACAAGUACUACUACAUCAUCGAAUCUACUUCCACCAUCUUCAGCAGCAGCGGCAGCAGCGGCAUCAGCAUCAGGAGGAGGAUCACAUCAUGGUCAUUUACAAAAACAAUUAUCAUUUAACAAGUUGAAUAAUGCAUCAUCAAUAUCAACACAUGGAAAUGAAUUGCAAGGUGGUAAUCUUACCCAAACACCAUCUACAAUGGUACGACUCAAAUCAAUGUCUCCGACGAGUUCGCAGUCACAGUUUCCAGCAUUCUAUCAGUACGCUCAAAAGACAUUGAAAGAGUUGGAUGAAAAUCGAUUGCUCUUGAUUGAACACCUCAAAUCGGUCAAGUUUAAUUUGGCGACACAGUCGGCCAGCAACUCUGACGACGAUCCAAUCUCUGUAUACAAGAUUAGAAUGGAAUUGGCCAAGAGAAAGACAUCACUUGAAAGUGAACUCAAACAACUAGAUGAAAUGCUUGGCACUAAAUCAUUUGUUGAAGAACCAAUUGAUGGAUUCACAAACUUUUUAAAUAUGAUUAUCCCCGAUUCUUCAACUACUCCAUCAUCUACUCCACAAAUGUCGGGAUCAGGAAUAGGAUCAUCCUUUACUUCAACAGACACUACCUAUAAUAUUCCACAUCAACAACAACGUAGUAAUCAUCAUAUACCAAACUCUAUCAUUCCAACUUCAACACCAUUAGAUAAUCCUGAUCCCAAUCAACCAAGAUUUCCACCACGUGAAAAUAUCAACGCCAAACUCUAUGUUGAUUGUGAUGAUUAUUUUGCUGCUUCUGCUUUAGCUAUCGAAAAUGCAACAAGAGAAGUAUUUAUAACAGCAUGGUUUUUAUCACCAGAAGUAUAUUUGAUUAGGUAUCCAGUACUUGAUAUUAAAUAUAGAUUAGAUAAUUUAUUACAAAGAAAGGCAAAACAAGGUGUAAAGAUAUUUAUCCUCCUAUGGGAUGAAACUAAAAUUGCUACCUUUAAAGGAAGUAAAAGAGCAAAAGAUAAAUUAGAAGAACUUCAUAAUAAUAUUAAAGUUAUUAGACAUCCUCCUUUUACUCCAAUAUAUUGGUCACAUCAUCAAAAAACAUUAAUUGUUGAUCAAGAAAUUGCAUUUGUUGGAGGUGUUGAUUUUUGUUUUGGUAGAUAUGAUAAUUGGUGUCAUCAUUUAAUUGAUGUAAAUUCAACUUUAUGGCCUGGAAAAGAUUAUUAUAAUCCAUGUUUAGGAGAAAUGGGAGAUAUAUUUGCACCAAAUGAAGAUUCAAUUGAUAGAAAAAAGAUAGCACGUAUGCCAUGGCAUGAUAUUAUGGUUGGAGUGAAUGGAUUGGCAGCAAGAGAUGUAGCAUUGAAUUUUGUGUUGAGAUGGAAUCAUCAUAGAGACGAUUACUAUCCACCACUCUAUUUCAAUACGACACCACUCAUUUCCAAUGGGUCUAGUACAUGUCAAUUACUUAGAUCGAUGGAUGAAUGGUCUGGUGGUGGCCGUAAUGAACGUUCGAUCCACACUGCCUAUAUACAAGCAAUCGAGGAUGCCAAUCAUUACAUUUAUAUUGAAAAUCAAAACUUUGUCUCUACACAUGCACCAGGAGUAUGGAACCAAAUAUCUUUUGAAAUUGUCAAGCGUAUUAAAAGAGCCAUUCGAAAACGUGAAGUGUUUCGUGUCAUUAUCGUGUUGCCGUCACAACAGGAUGGCAAGUUCCAAGAAGAGACGCAUAUUCGUGGUUUGAUGCAUUGGCAGUACUUGACGCUGAUCAGAAAUGAAAACUCGAUUGUCAAGACACUAAAGAGAGAGUUUCCAAACGAAGAUCUCAGUGAAUACAUUGGAUUCUAUUCUUUGCGUACACAUGCCUGUCUCGAGGGCAACUAUGUCACUGAGCAAAUCUAUGUGCACUCGAAACUGAUGGUAAUCGAUGAUCGUGUGGCUAUUGUCGGUUCGGCCAAUAUCAACGAUCGUUCACUCAACGGUGAGCGUGACAGUGAGCUGGCAUUUAUCAUUCGAGACGAAAAGGAUAUGAUAAAGACACGAAUGAAUGGCAAGGAGUAUAUGGCCAGUCGUGUAAUAUACAACUUUCGUCUACGUCUUUGGAAAGAACAUAUUGGUCUACUCCCACAUAUUGACCAUCCACCUCUUCAAACACCUCCAGCUUCAUCACAACUCAAUAUGCAACACAAACUCAAUAGUAUUCAUCAAUCUGGAUCAUUUUCAUCUUCCUCUAUCCUUUCAUCUAUAUCUUCAUCUCUAUCUUCUUCUCCAUCCUCCUCUUCAUAUAGUAGUACUGUAAAUCCAAAUGUAGAUACAAAUUUAAAUAUUAAUCAAAAUAAUAAUAAUAAUCAAAAUAUUCAAAAUAAUAAUAAUAAUAAUCAAAAUAUUAUUAGUAAUCAAAACACUAGUUCAAAUAGUUUACCAAUUAAUAGUCCACCACUUACAAUCAACUCACAAUAUAGAAUACCAAAACAAUCUCAUCAUCGUAGUAGUAGUUUCCAAGGACCUUCAUCAUCAAACAAAACACCCAUUUCCUCACUUCCAUCGUCACCAUUGGAUUCACCACAACACUCGCCGAGAAAGGCAAAUAUCAAUCAAGCCACUGAACAACCACCUUCACAAAUGUCCUACUCUCCCUCGUCAUCAUCUGAUCCUCCUCCUUCAUCACUUACCCUCUCUUCGCCGAUCUCCCAAAUGAUAACAAAGGAAAAAGAGAAUAGAGUGGGAGCAGACAAGAAUGAAAUAUUUGAAGUGGUCAAUGUAUCCAAGAAUAUUAUAGAUCCUGAAAAUGUUAUUAUUGAAGAUUAUAAUUCAGACCAAAAGGAAAUUACCAACCAAAAGGAAAAAGAAAAAGAAAAGGAAAAGGAUUCUUUAAUUAAAGAAACAUCUUUUAUUGCUCCUCUUCCAAAUCCAACAACAAUACCAUCAUCGCAACCACCACAAAAGGUACAACAUGAUCAACCACCACCAACAACAACGAUAAACAAAGUAGUUUAUGUUUCUGAAAUUGAUUCACCAAAACUUCAACCAAGAUCAUUGUCAAGUUUAUAUUCGGAAGCCAUUGAAUCAAGUGUAGUUGGUGGUAUUGAUCUAACGGAUCCAAUCGAUAGUUCAUUCUAUAUUGGUGUAUGGAUAGCAACAGCAGCUUCAAAUACUCGUAUCUAUGACACUGUGUUUGCAGCCAUUCCCAAAAACUCGAUAAAGACAUGCGACGAGUUUAAUCAAUGUCUCAAGAAACCAGUUUCCAUUGAUGAUACUCGUUUACUGUCAGAGGUUAGAGGUAACCUCAUCUAUCAUCCACUCGAUUUUCUCGCCGAUGAUAAUAUUCAACCAUCUUUUCUUUUAACUGAUGAUUUAUUCCAAUAA